CACCGGUCGAGACCACUGAGGUUCCGGUCCAGCCCACUGAGGCUCCUGUCGAGACAACUGAAGCUCCGGUCGAGGUUACUGAGGCUUUGGUCGAGACCACCGAGGGACCAGUUGAGACCACUGCGGCUCUGGUCGAGACCACUGAAGCUCCUGUAGCAACCACUGAAGCUCCUGUAGCAACCACUGAAGCUCCUGUAGCAAUCACUGAUGCACCGGUUGAGACCACUGAAGCUCCGGUUGAGACCACUGAGGCGCCGGUCGAGACAACUGAAGCUCCGGUCGAGGUUACUGAGGCUUUGGUCGAGACCACCGAGGGACCAGUUGAGACCACUGCGGCUCCGGUCGAAACCAACGAAGCACCGGUCGAGACCACUGAAGCUCCGGUCGAGGUCACUGAGGCUCCGGUCGAGACCAACGAAGCACCGGUCGAGACCACUGAAGCUCCGGUCGAGGUCACUGAAGCUUCGGCGGAGACCACUGCCGCUCCGGUCGAGACCACUGCGGCUCCGGUCGAGACCACUGCGGCUCCUGUAGACACCACUGACGCACCGGUCGAGACCACUGCCGCUCCGGUCGAGACCACUGAGGUUCCGGUCCAGACCACUGAGGCUCCGAUCGAGACAACUGAAGCUCCGGCCGAGGUUACUGAGGCUUUGGUCGAGACCACCGAGGGACCAGUUGAGACCACUGCGGCUCCGGUCGAGACCACUGAGGCUCCGGUCGAGACCACUGAGGCUCCGGUCGAGACCACUGAGGCUCCGGUCGAUACCAAUGAAGCACCGGUCGAGACCACUGAAGCUCCGGUCGAGGUCACUGAAGCUUCGGCGGAGACCACUGACGCACCGGUCGAGACCACUGAGGCUCUGGUCGAGGCCACUGAGGCUCCGGUCGAGACCACUGACGCACCGGUCGAGACCACUGACGCACCG